AUGUCUUUCCUGACCUGCGCCUCUGACCUCUCGCCGCUAUUCCAGCUGCUUGAUAACUACGAUAAGCAUGAGCGCCGCCAGACACGCCCCACUCCUCGCCGCACCUUUACUCCAGCUUUCGAUGUCCGUGAGCUGGCUGAUGCCUACUAUCUAGAUGGCGAGCUGCCCGGCGUGAGCCAAGAACAUAUCGAUAUUGAAUUCAGUGACCCCACAACUCUGGUCAUCAAAGGCCACACUGUGCGAGACUACAAGGACACGGAGCCCGCUGCGGAGCCCCAGGAGUCCUCGCCCCGUUGGCACCAACCCACUGUCGAAGAUGAAGAUGAGGAUUCUGAUUCCAACUCCGAUUCCUCAGCUUCUGUGAUCUCAGCAAACUCUGCAACCUCCGCCAAAUCUGCAGCUUCCACCAAGUCCACUACAAUUCCAGCGCAGGCCCAGCCCUCAAAGUUCCACUACUGGGCUUCGGAGCGUUCCAUUGGCGAAUUCCAGCGCACUUUCACCUUCUCUACUCGUGUCAAUCAGGAUGCAGUGCGUGCCAGCUUGAGGAACGGUAUCUUGUCUGUUGUUGUGCCUAAGGAGACUGCACCCAAGCCUAAGAAGAUCCGCAUUCAAUAG